AUGGAAAAUUCCAACAUAUUUAGCGAAAAAGUUAUUGAAUUUUUAAAAAAAAAAAAAAUAAGAGAAAAUAAAUUAGUUAGUGAUAAAGAAAAAAAAGAAAAAAAAUAUAAUAUAAAUAAUUUUAAAGUAAAUUUAACUAAUGAAUUAAAUAAAAAUAGUGUACAUUUAAUUUUGCAAAAUGAAAAAAAAGACGAUAAUAAAUAUCAGGUUGUUGAAUAUGCAAUACAACAAAAUAAACAAAAUAAUAAAACUGAAAAUAUUGAUGAAAUAAUUCCAAAAAGUUAUACUAAUUCUUCUAUUUUAAAAAUAAAAAAUAUAAAAUUAAAAAUUAAUAAAUAUCUAGAUAAAUGUCAUGAUGUAUCUACCGACAAAUUAAAAAAAUAUUAUAUUUCUGUAAAUAAAAUAAUAGAUGAAAUUAAAGAAGAAACAUUAACUAAAACAAAUUUAUUACAAAAAGAUUUAGAAAUUUCAAAUGAUUUAAUCGAUAAAUAUAUUCAAAAUUCAAUAACCAUAAAAUGGAACAAUUCAAAAGUUGAUAUUAAAAGAUUUGAAAACAAAAAAGAUAAUUAUCAAAUUGCAAUAGAAUAUUAUGAAAAUAUUUUUUUAUUUUAUUUAAACAAAAAUUUUAUAACAAAUAUAAAUAACAUUCUCAACAACACACUAACAAAUAAAAGUAACAACAAAACUAGCGAAAUUGAAAAUGAAUCUAAAAUACAAUCUAGAUACUAUUAUUUAUGUCCAGAAUCAAUAAAUUUACAAAUCAUAAAAGAAAUAAACAUACAUCUAACUCAACGAAUAGAAGAAAUAUCAAAUAAUUGGAUUCUGGUUGAAAAUAUAUUUACUAAAUUAAAUGAAAAUAUUAAUAAAUUCAUUUUAUUUUUUGAAAAAAAAUAUGAAGAUUCGAAAAUAGAUGUAAAUAAAAAGAUACAAGAAUUAGAAAAACAAUUAAAAGAAACAAUAUAUUUUACUAAUAACGAAAUAAAUGUUUUAAUUGAUAACGAAAAUGAAAAAAAUAAUAUAUUUAUUGAACUUUUGAAUUAUUUUAAUGAUUAUAUAUUACAUAUAUAUAAAUAUAUAUAUAAUAAAUAUAAAGAAUGUGAACAUGUUUUUUAUAAUAUUCUAUAUGAACAUAAUUAUGAUGAUAAUUGUUAUGUCUAUUUGUCUAUUUCUGAAAAUUAUAUAAAAAAUUUAAAAAAUGAAAAGUUAUUAAAAAAUAUAAUUAAUAUGUUUGAAAAUAAUUAUGUAAAUAUAUAUAAUGACAGAAUAAAUAAAAUCAAAAAAGAUGAAUAUUUUGACAAUUUUUUUAUUCUAGAAAAUUCUCAAGAUUUCUUUAUUCCUUUUAAUCAAUGUUAUGAAAAUUAUAUAAAUAAAUAUGAACAAAUUAAACAUCUCCUAAUUAGUUAUAAAAAUGUUAUCCUCAAUUUAUUUUUUGAUUUUACUAAUUUUACAAAUAUUAUAAAAAAUAAUACUAAAAAAAAUGAACCAGUAGAAAAAGACAAACCCUAUAAUACUCUAUCUAAAUUUAAAAAAAAAAAAAAAAAAAAAAAAGUGCCCCAAAAUUUUAUACAUUUUGAUAAUAAAAAACUAAAAAGAGAAAUUUAUGAAAAUUAUAUAAAUAAUAUACUAAAUUAUUACAAUGCUAUAAAUUUAAGAGAUGAUUAUUUUUUAUUAACAUUUUUUGAAUUUUUAGAAAAUUUAAAAAGCUGUGUAAUUAUCUCCUAUAUAGAAAUACAAAAAAAUAUAACACAUUACAAUAAUUAUUGUAAAAUAGAAACCAAUAAAUUGACAACAAAUUUUGAUAUUUUAUAUAAUAAAUACAAAAUUAAUGUUGAAAAAUGUAUGAACUGUACAGAUUAUAUACAGCUAAACGAAUUACACAAAGAAAACCUUGAACUAGCCAAAAAUAUUAGAUUAUUUUUUUGUACUGUUGAAGAAAACGCUAAUUCUACCAAUAACAAAUUUGUUACACAAUUGAAAGAAAAAUUGAUGGUUUUAUUUUUGUCAAUUUUAAAAAAGGCAAAAAUAAUUUCUACAGACACACAAGAAAACAUAAUAAUAGAAAAAAAAAAUAAUUCCAACAAAAAAAAAAAUUAUGAACAUGUCAGAACAUAUAAUGAUAAUACAGAUUUAAAAGUAGUAAAACAGGAAAAGGAAAAUAAUAAAAAAAUAAUAAAAAAUACAGAAAAAGACAGUACAAAUGUGAAACAAAUAAACAUUAGUGAAGAUGAUAAUAUUGUGAUUAAACAACUUAUAGGAGAGGAAAUAAAUUAUAAAUACAUUUUUGAUUUUACAAGUUUUUUUCAAACUAUUUAUGACAAUUAUAAGAAUAAUAUUAAAAUGUUAUUAUCCUCUAAAGAAUUUAAAUCAAAAAAUAAUUACUCUCCAUACAAAAAGAAUGAAAAGAAUAAGACCCAAGAAAAAAAACAUCGAAAAAAAAAAAUAGACAACGUACAAACAAAUAGAGAAAAGAUAAAGAUAAGUAUCGAAAAUUUGGUAAGAAAUAUGCUUAACCAAUUUCAAAAAAAAAAAAAUGAAGAACUAGCCAAAAUAGAUCAAGUAGCUAAAAUAGACAAAAAAACAGAAGAAAUUUCUUUCUUAAAUCAAGAAAAAAAUAAUGAAGAUGAAAAUGAUAAAAUUCCAAUUGAUGAAUUAAACUAUGAUAACAUUAUGUAUAAUAUUCAAAUUUUAAAAAAUAUAUUUGAACAUUUUUUACAAACAUAUUACACAAAUUUUAAAGGUAUCCUCUUUGAAUAUAUGUUAAAAAUAAAAGAAAAUGUCGAACAAGAAGAAUAUACAAAAUAUUUUGAAAAAAUAUACAAAAAUAAUUAUAUAAAAAUUAUAGAAGAGAAUGAAAAAGCAAUUAGUCAAAUAGCCGAAAAUCUUAAAUGUAAAUUUAUAAAAAACAAAGAAAAUUUUGACCAUUUAAUAAACAAAUUAAAUAAUUUAAUAAAUGAAUAUACAUCCGUUAUAGACAACCAAAAUAUCGAAGAACCACUUAUGAAAUCUUUGAAUAAAAUCAACAAAUUAUUUUUAAAAAUCGAAAAAAAAAGUGAAAAAAAAAGUGAAAACAAAAGUGAAAACAAAAGUGAAAAAAAAAAUGAAAAAAAAAAUGAAAAAAAAAAUGAAAAAAAAAAUGAAAAAAACUACAAAUGCGAAUAUCAAAAUGACUAUGAACAUGGAGAAGAAGAUUAUGAUGUACUUGUUAAAAAUUUCAAAAAUAAUUAUAAAUUGUUUCAAGAUAAAUUACAAGAUAUGAUAAAUGAAUUAAAUAAAGAGAUUAAAAAAGUCCAAAUAUAUUAUGACAUGGUCAUAAAAAUAAAGGAAAAAAAUAUAGACAUUGAAGAAAUAAAAAAAUGUUUACAAAAUUCGAUAAAUUUCCGUCAAAAUAUUAUAAAAAAAAAAAAUGAUAUUCAAAAUUUAUAUAAUUCAAACAUUUAUAUAUUUAACAAUAAAAUUAAAUCAAUACAAACAAAUAAUGCUACAACAACACAAGUACCAAAAAAAACAUUAACAAGUAAUGAAACAAUUACAUACUUACAUACCAAAGAAGAAAUUAAAAAUAUUAUUUUGAUAUUUUAUUUUUUACUAUAUCAUAUUAAAAAUUCAAUUCUUAUUACAAAAAUAACCAAACAAAAUAAUCCCCAAUAUGGUGAUAAUACUAAACUCUCUUCUCUCAUAAAUACCUUGCCUAGUCAGGUAAAAAAGACAAACAUUAAAUCGAACACAAGGGAAGGUAAAAAUGAUAACAAAGAUGAAAUAAAAGUUAAUACACCACAAAAUAAAAAAAUAAUAACUCAUUCUAUUUGUGAUAAUAAAAAGACAGAUAUAAACACAAACGAAAUAAAUAUAAAAACAAACGAAAUAAAUAUAAAAACAAACGAAAUAAAUAUAAAAACCAAAUUUGAGCAAAUAGACAAACAUAUAUAUAAUAAACUUCAAAUUUUCCAAAAAAUAAAAAAUAUAUACGAGUUAAGAAUAAGUAUGAAUUCUAUUUUAGACAAUAUUUUUCUUUCCACAAAUAUUUCAAAAAAUAUCAACAGUCUAUUAUUCUCAAAAAGUCAGAAUAAUCUUAAAUCAGAAAUUGAUUAUGCAAUUACUUUUUCUUUACAAAAUAAUAAAUCUGCCAAGGAUAUCUUAGGAAUGUCUGAACAUUUUAACGAGUCAGGAAAAAAAAAUGAUAAAGAAAGCGUUUCAGAUAAGGAAAGCGUUUCAGAUAAAGAAAACGUUUCAGAUAAAGAAAACGUUUCAGAUAAAGAAAACGUUUCAGAAAAAGAAAACGUUUCAGAAAAAAAAAACGAACCAAACCUAAAAUUGAUAGACAUAGAAAAUGAUGUAAACAAAUAUAUAGAAAAUACUUUGACACGAAAAAAAUAUAGCGAUUUAAAAUUUUUUUUAUAUACUUGUACAUAUAUUAUAUGUAUAAUAAUAAAAACCCUAACACCAUAUAACAAUAACUUUUUUAAAGAAAAUACUAAAGAAUAUAACCAUAUUUUAUUUAUUUAUUAUGACAUUUCAUAUUUAAUAUAUAAAAAUUAUAUAUUACAAAAUGAUGAAAAAAUAAAAAAUAAUAAUUUAAAAGAAUUACAGAUACAAAAAGAUGCAAUGUCAUCUUAUAUUUAUUUUACUGAUAAUAUGUUAUAUAAAAUAAAAUUAUUUAAUUUAUUUAAUUUCGAAAAAAAAAUUGUAGAAAAUUUUAUACAUACCCAUUUCUACACUUUAAGUAAAAUAAAAAUUAAUGCAAACAAAGAAAAUCCAAAUUGGAUUAAAAUUCAGAAAGAGUAUAUGGAAGAUCUUUUCACAUUAUCAAUUUAUUUAAAAGUUGUUUCAAAAAAAGUUGCAUAUUUUACAUUUAAAGAGAUUUAUAAACACCACAUCUAUCUUACCAGCCAACGAAUAGACAUAAUGCAACAAAAUUUUAUGUUAAAAUUUGAAGAAAUAAAUGAGGAGUUAGAAAUAAAAGACAAUAUUCCAGACACUAAAUUGAUGAGAAAAACAGAAUUAUAUAAAUUAUUCAACUUGUAUAUUAUAGGAAUCAAACACAUCUUGUCAAAUCAUUUAUAUUCAUUAUAUGAAAAUCUAUAUAGUAAUUUUAUUUUUUUCGUAUAUCUUUUAAACAUGUUACCUUGCAAUUCUGGAUCCCAUCAAAACGAACAACCUCAUGAUACCCCCCAUCAAAAAUGUAACAUAAGAUUUGCAAAAAUACACUUUCUGGACAUUUCCACAAAUUAUAACUUAAAUGAUAUUAAAAAAAAAGUAGAAAGUGUAUAUGGAAUUAAUCAUGAAAAAAAAAAAAAAAAAAUCAAUGAUAUUAAAAUAAACAAUAAUCUAAACAAAGAAUAUUUUCAUAUGCCAUAUAAUAAUGAAAAUUCCUAUAUUGUGAAUAAAUUAGAAAGGAAAAUUGAAAAAUAUAUGCAAAAAUUUUAUGCAGAUAUAACAAAAAAGAUGGAUGCAAAGAAAAUAGAAAUAAUCAAAAUAAUUUCAAACGAUAAAAAAAUUAACAGAAAAUAUUAUGAAUAA